GUUUUUUUGUUCGGUUUGUAUUCUGUAUUUCUGUAUCGUGCGUGAAUUGUGUGAAUUGCGACUGUCCAAUAGAGAAUUACUUGUGUUUCCACGGAUUGUUCUCUCAUGUGUCCCAUAUCCAUCUCGACACCUAUCCCACUUUCCGCCUUGCGCGACUGUCUGCGCUGGUCACGGCCGGUUGACCCUCACCCAGCGGACCGGAUCCUAGGUACCUUCUCACUUACUUGCUCAAGUAGCUCAAAGCACAUUCUCUCUUGGAGCCCGUCAGUACUAGACACCGGCGCGACUUUGUUCCAAUAUCUAGCAACAGCGACUACAGCAGCCACAACCUCAGCCACAGCCACAACUUCAACCUCAGCCACCGCCACAGCAGCAAGGGGUGCUGCAAUGCGAACCACCACACGCCACAAGCUCCUGAUCCUGUGCGCACUCCACCCUCCACCUCCCCUAGGAUCAUACCUAGCACAACUCUCACGUUCAUUCCUUCAUCACACCCCUGUCGAACCAAGCGCUGUUCAGAAUGAUCCCAAGCCCUGUCGCAGGCAUGGUGCGCACUCGCAUAUCUGCAGCAGCAAUCUCAUCCACCACAUCCGCAUCCACACAUCCACACAUCCAGGGGAUGGUAGGGGGCGUUGGACUCGUAUGUGUGAAGGAAGGGAAGGGAAGGUGGAGGAGCCUAGGAGAUGGAGGGUUGCCCUGCCGGAAAGGAAUGGAUGGCAAGGGAUGGCAAGGGAUGGAAUACCCGACGUACGUACGUGCCGCGAAUUGGAAGGCCAUACGGACAACUACGAUCGACUCGACAAGACUCGACAAGACUCGACACGGCGUGCGCGCAGGUGGGUGGGGGGCGGGGGGGCGGAGGGCGGAGGCGACGCGGGGGUGACGCGAUGGGAAAGACACUUCGCAGUUUUUCUGUCUGAGGCUUUCUCUGUCUAAUCAUUGGAGUUCACAGGAUCCGUGUCUGUAUGUCGUAUAAUCUUUUCUCUCUCUUUUUGAGUUGAGAAUUCUUGAUUUGCGUCAUCAGGCGAUUCGAGAGGAUUUUUUGUGGGCGCGCUCCGCCUCCUUCCUCUCGGCUUUGGGGCCGAGACUUGAUUAGCUGGGUUUGUUGGUAGGUGCGCUGUCUGUCUGGCAGUCAGCAAGAGCAGUGUGCGGUGUGCAGACCCAGAGUGCGGUGCGGUGUGAUCAUCGUAAAAGCGUGGAUCGAUCGGUGCGGGAACAUGAUUGGCGUUGAACUUGCAACAGAGCCAAUCACAAGAUGCAGAUUUUGAAGCGACGGAGGGAGCGCUGGAGCAGUGGGGUGUGCUUCUGAAUAUUUAUUU